AUGGGAGAGGCAUGUAAGUCAUCCAUUCGCUCACCUCCCGAGCCGUGCCCUAAAGAGGGAUGCAUUCUCACCACCACACCCCGCCUGUGCUCUCCGGUUUCUACAAGUUCUGCAGUCAGGUCAGCGCUGGCUGCGUGCGGGCUGCGGCGAGUGAUUGCGAGUGAUUGCGCGCUUCCCGUCCCGGGAGCCUCGGCACUGCAGUGGCUCGGAUUUACCGUUCUGGAUUAG